AUGUCGGCGGGCCAAUAUCUUGCAUCCCGCUUCUCAACACUGAAGCCGCCCAUGGACAAGGUCAUCAGUCCUAUCGCGGCGAUGCGGAUGCUGAACAAGGAGCAAUGGACCUUUUUCAUGUGUGCUUGGUGUGCCUGGGUUAUCGACGCCUUUGACUUCUUUACCGUCAGCUUGACCGUCACGCCGCUGGCCAAGCAGUUCAACAAGCUCAACUCGGAAAUCACCUGGGGAAUCACCCUGGUGCUCAUGUUCCGAUCGGUCGGCGCCGUCAUCUUUGGCGUGUGGUCUGAUCGAUUCGGCCGCAAGUGGCCCUUCAUCUUCAACAACGUCCUCUUCAUCGCUCUCGAACUCGGCACCGGCUUCUGCAACACAUACGGCGAGUUUCUGGCGUGCAGAGCUCUCUUUGGAGUCGCCAUGGGCGGUCUCUACGGAAACGCCGUGGCCACUGCUCUCGAAGACUGCCCAGAUGCAGCUCGUGGUGUCAUGUCCGGUCUGUUCCAAGCUGGUUAUCCCGUCGGCUAUCUCCUGACCACUGCCUUUGCUCGUGCGUUGGUCAACACGACUGUCCACGCGUGGAGGCCGCUCUUUUGGUUCAGCGCUUGCCCGCCUGUCUUCCUCAUCAUCUGGAGAUUCUACCUCCCCGAGACCCAGGCGUAUCGCGAGCGGGAGAUUGUACGACAGAAUGCAUCCGCUGCCACGAGUGGCUUUAUUCACCAGGCUGGCCAGGCCAUUAAGCACCACUGGCUUACACUGGUCUACAUGGUCUUGCUCAUGGCCGGAUUCAACUUCAUGGCCCACGGCGCGCAAGAUUUCUAUCCCACGAUGCUUCUCAACCAAUUCGAAUUUACGCUCAACGAAAUGACCAUCACCCAAGUCAUUGCCAACUUCGGUGCCAUCAGCGGAGCCAUCUGCGUCGGCUACCUCUCCGAAAUCUUCGGUCGACGUCUUACAAUCAUGGUCUCCUGCGUGUGUGCUGGAGCCCUGAUCUAUCCCUAUACCUACGUCAACACCACAGCGGUUGCCGCAUCUGCCUUUUUUCUUCAAUUUUUCGUCCAGGGCGCGUUCGGCGUCAUUCCCUCUCACCUUAUGGAGCUUUCACCUGGUCCCAUCCGAACCUUUGUCGUCGGUACCGCCUACCAGCUUGGAAACCUGGCCUCUAGCCCAGCCGCGACGAUCCAGUCGACCAUCGGGGAGAAGUACUUCCCGCUCGCUCCCACCGCCACUGGCAUCAAGCGAUACGACUACGCCAUUGUCAUCUGCGCAUUCCUUGGCGCCUGUACGGGACUUGUCUUCCUCGUCACAUUCCUGGGGCCGGAGAAGAAGGGCAAGCAGUUUGGCUUUACUGAGGAGGUGGAUGAGUAUGUUGUUUCGGCCAAGGACCCUGAGAAUACCCUGGGUGGCUCUGAGCACAAGGAGUCGGCCUGA